CCCUCUCCUCUCCCCCCUCCAGCCUCGGGACCGAGAAGCCGGUGCACAGCCCGGACCGCGGCCCCGCAAUCCCCAGCAGCGGCCCGAGGUUCCCCGCCACCGGGCCCAGUCCUCCGACGUCACCUGCUGCGCUCUGCCUGCCGCGCAUGCGCCUAGAGGGCGGCCCAGCCGUGAUGACGUCAGGGACGGAAGCGCUGAGUUGUGAUAUCCGGUCUGCCGUUCACUCGCCACUGUUGUUUGCCGAGGCUGGUUUCGUGGGUGUCCGGGAUGAGUAAGCGGAAGGCCCCGCAGGAGAGCCCCAAUGAGGGCAUCACGGACUUCCUCACGGAGCUGGCGAACUACGAGCGGAACGUGAACCGCGCUAUUCACAAGUACAACGCGUACAGAAAAGCAGCCUCUGUGAUUUCCCGGUAUCCCAGCAAGAUCCAGAGUGGAGCUGAGGCCAAGAAGCUGGAUGGAGUAGGUGCUAAAAUAGCUGAAAAAAUAGAUGAGUUCUUAUCCACUGGAAAACUACGCAAGCUGGAAAAGAUUCGUCAAGAUGAUACAAGUGCAUCUAUCAACUUCCUGACCCGAGUUACUGGCAUUGGUCCUGCUGCUGCUAGGAAGUUUGUAGAGGAAGGAAUUAAGACUUUAGAAGAUCUAAGAAAAAAUGAACACAAGCUGACCCAUCAUCAGCGAAUUGGGUUGAAAUAUUUUGAAGAUUUUGAGAAAAGAAUCCCAAGGAAAGAAAUGCUGCAAAUGCAGGAAAUUGUGCUGAAAGAAGUAAAGAAGCUGGAUCCAAAUUAUAUUGCUACCGUAUGUGGCAGUUUUAGACGAGGUGCAGAGUCAAGUGGGGAUAUGGAUGUUCUCCUAACCCAUCCAAGUUUCACAUCUGAGUCAUCCAAACAGUCAAAACUCUUGCAUCAAGUUGUAGAACAACUAGAAGAAAUCAGCUUUGUCACAGAUGUGCUGUCUAAAGGUGACACAAAAUUCAUGGGUGUAUGUCAGCUGCCAAAUAAAGAAGAUGGAGCAGCCUAUCCACAUAGGAGAAUUGAUAUCCGGCUCAUUCCGAAAGAUCAGUAUUACUGUGGUGUACUAUAUUUCACAGGCAGUGAUAUAUUCAAUAAGAAUAUGAGAACUCAUGCUCUGGAAAUGGGUUUCACAAUCAACGAGUACACAAUCCGUCCCCUGGGCAUCACAGGAGUUGCUGGGGAGGCUCUACCAGUAGAAUGUGAAAAAGACAUCUUUGACUACAUUCAGUGGAAGUACCGAGAGCCAGAGGAUCGGAAUGAAUAGCUGCUUGUCUGGGUUUGUGACAUAGUGAGACGUUUUCAUAGCUUUUCAUGAAGAGAUCAAGUGCAUAUUAAUUUCUUGCUCGCUAUUUCAAAAAGUACAUUACUGGUGCUUUAAGUCUAUGGCACCAGAGUAACAGGUAGUGAAGACUAAAUCCUGUAAUAUCUCAUUUUGAUACCUUUCUCUUAUAAAGUCUUUUAAAGCAGGUUAAAGCACUUGUUGUACUGUUUUGUUUAAUUGAAUGAACCAUGAUUCCAAGAAAAACAUGCAGUAAAUGGGUAUGGUAGUCAGACACCUUGGAGAAAGUGUCUUGUCAAUAAAUGUAUGGGGAUUUUCUUGUUUGUUCUUAUGAUUAUGCAAUUUGUCAUUUUUGACUGCAGAGCAUCUUGGAAUGUUCAAAUGAAAGUCUUGCCAAUGCAGACUUCUAGCAUAAAUAGCUUGAGUAUAUAAUGUACAGCAUCUGUGCACAGCAGCAGGUCCUUCAUGAAUAAUCAUAGAUCAGAUUAUGCAAUGGCAGUGAAUUAGUACUUGCCCUGUACUGUUGCACUUAGAAUUAAACAUACACAGUUCUGAAGUUUCCGCCUGAGACUGGUUCAUCCCAUAUAUAAAUACGAGGAAAUUAAAAGGAUUUUAAUAGGAUGUUGUUGUUAUAGCACUUAAAUCUCAGACUUUGCACGUUUUUAUUUCUGCUUAAAAACAUUAGAAUAUCUAAGAUGUGUGCAUGAGACAUCAACAGCAUCAAGAGCAAAUGUCUCAAAUUCCAGUGCUGAAGUUGCAUGUUACAAAAUACAAAAUCAUUAUCUUUGGUGCUAUUGAAAUACUACUCCUUUGAGUGACUACAGAAUGUGACUACAGAAUGAAUAUAACACAAAGGCCAGGCAUAACUAAUAAGUUUCUGUACAAUUUCAGGUUCAAGAGCAGAUAAAGAUACUAUACUAGAUAUCUGAAAUACCUGGAGCAAACAAGAAAAGGAAAUAGGGUAGAUGUCUCCAGAAAAUAUGUUCCAGUCUUGAAGUGGGAUUUUUAAAUGAUUAUUUGUGAAUUGUGAUGACUGGUUUAAGAAACAUUUAGUAAUGGAGAAAUCUCCUGGGGUGGUGGUUUCCAUUAUGAAACUUAAGCAUAGUAUAAUUAUGCACAUAAUAUAUGAUAAUAGUUAAGGGUGAUUUUGCUAUAAAGAUUGAAGCAUCUAGAGUUUACUGAAUUAUUCCUCAGGGUUUUGAAAGAAAAAAAAAUUAAUCUGCUUGCCUAGGGAGAAGGGAGAACAAUCUUCUAACACUGGGACAGCCUAUUUGACAUGCUGCUGUGUACCAUUUGGACUUGUUGGCUGUAGGGCAGUUGGGUGCUCUGUCUGUCUUAGAGGCUGGUAUUUCGUUACUUGUUCUUGUUGGCCCUUGCAAGAAGGAUACCUGAAUUAGUAGCACAGUAUGCAAAUAACUGAAGUAAAAGGCAUAUCCUUUCUUGUUCUUUUGGUUUGUGUUUUUAAUAUCUGAGGGGGGGGGUUGACAGGUGCUCAGAUAUGAUCAUUGUGCUUCUGCACUGACUGGUGUUAACAAGACAAACUGAAGCCAAAGUCACAGCGCUGAGUUACUUCUGGAUGUUGAGCAAUGUCUUUGCCCUUGCUGGGAGCAGACAUGUCCUUCUCUAAGUUGUGUGGCUUAUGCAUCUUGGUCCAGAAAUGGUGUGCACAGCAACGCCCAGAAGCACAGUGCGAAGCAUGAAGACAGCUCUCCCUCUUGAUCUGCAAUAAGUAGCACAUAACCUGCCCUUCUGUCCUGUCUUCAGCCACAGUGUCUUGUCCACAAACUUCUUCUGGCUGCUGUACCUGUGAAGAACUACUUUUCAACAUGCCCUGGCCAUGGAUUGAUUACCUUCUUCCCCAACCUGUUUCUGUCUGUCUUUCUCUAUUCAGCCCCAUCUACCAUACUGAAAUGUUUUAAGAGAUCUGGAGCAAAUCCUAAUGUUUCCAUGCUUUCCUGGGUAAGAAACAGAUCAGCAUGCAUGCUGAAGUGUGAUUUCUUCCAGGAAAGCUUUCAUGCUCUGUGUGGACACUUACGCAGCAUCUUGGAAAGUAGUUCUUGUUUACUGGCUAAAUUUCCAUUAUGGGUUUGGGUAGAUAUGCAGAAACUCUUAUAUGCAUGUGAAAAUUAAUCUUGAUAUAUCAAGGGAUUAUUUUCUGCUUCCACUGCCCUAGCCUUCCUGGUAAGUUCACCAUUUUAAAAGUUGUUGUGUGUUUUUUAUCAAAUAGUGUAUCUGCUAAGGUCUUCCAUAUAUAAUUUUUUCAACUGAAACUUGCUGUAAGAACUACUGCUGUAGCUUUUAAAACUGUAAGGACACACACCUUUAGUCUGCUUGUGCAGAGAUUUUUUUUUCCUCCUUUUUUUAAUGCAUAAUUAUCUCUUGGCACCUUUAAUUAGUAUGUGGUUGCAUAUUCUUUGCUCAGGUUCUUCAGAAUGUGUUUUAUUUCUUAAUGUAUCCAUUUCUGCAGCUCAGUAAGCAGGUGCAUGAAUGCUUGUAGUGCUAUGUUGUGUAUUUAGCUCUUAGUGUAAUCAGCUUGUGGCAUAGUGUAAUGGGCAAAUAACUGUUUUUAGGUGUUGAGAGUUUCUGAGAGUUUUGUGUUGCUUGAGGAAAGCAGUAGCAGAAGGCAUUCUGUUUCUUUCCGUUCAUCAGAAUGUGCCUGUGCACAUUCACCAGAUUACUGUUACAAGAAUUGUGCAAUGAUCUCAUUCUUGUAGUCUAAAACAAGAGCAUUAUUGUAUGUAAGAAUGUAAGGCUUACAUUCUUAAACACAUGCUUUUGUCAGGAUGGACCUUUCUGCUAUUUAUGAAGUAAAGGAACUCUCAGAACAGCACACUGCAUGUGUACUUCUGAUUGAGUGUCAUAGGAGGUGCCUGAGAGCAAUAAAUAGCCAAGUGUUCCAGAUAAUGCAAUCACUGGAAGAGGAGAAAUGGCAGCAAGUUUCUCUAGAGAGAGUAGAAUAAAGAGGACAAAAUCCUAAUGGGAGAUUGUACACUCUCUAAAUAUGCUUGAUAUCCUCCCUUGUGAUGUAUUUCUCCUGUUAGGUUGAAAUACUUAACUUUUUUUUUUCCUCCCUUAAGAUGCAUCCCUCCAUCCUUUCCUUAAAAUGUUACCUUUACUGUUUUGCAUCUGAUACCUGCUUUCUUAAAAUAAUUAUUUUGAUUCUGAAACAUUCUUUUAUCAAGCCUUUGUUCAGCUGGGGUAACUUCUUCAGGCUGACUAUAGACUUCUGAUGCAAAGAGGAGCAAUAUAGCUAUAGAUAUUGGUAGAAGGUUUGAUAUAGAUGUAACUUGCUCCAAACAGGCGUAACUUCUGUACCUAGAGAGAAUAAAACAACCUUUUUUAAUUUUUUUCCCCCCUUCUCUCCCUCUUUGGAUAUUUAGUUCAAAUACUCAGAAUUCCAUACCUGCAUAAAUUGUAAACUUAAAGGCAGACAGCUCAAUUAUCGACAAAGAUCUGAUUCCAUUUUUGACAUGAGGAAUAAUUUGGAGAGGGGAUGGGACAUCAAAACUUCAUCCAAAAAUUCUGGUGAUGAACAAUGUUAUGUCUCUCGUUUUAACAAUUAUUCUCAAAUACACCUAUCUUAAAUAUAUAAAACUAUCUAAUGUAGGCUUUUGUCAGACAGCUAUUUUAAUCCAGAAGCAGCAAUCCUGCCUCUGAAGACUGAUAAUGGAUAGGUUGCUCCUCUUUUGGUUAACUAGGAGAAGAUUGAUUAAGAAAAUGAACUUUGGAAUUGCUGUAGGCAUUCUACCCCUCACAACUUCAAAUUGCUCUGCUAGCUCUCUCGUACUGUUUCUAGUUGUCUGCAUCUUAUUUAAUAUACAUACAGCAGGUUGAGACAUUUGUUAUGGUUGGCAGUGUACUGAAUUCCUUAUAAAGAAGUAAUGUCAUUUCCUGUUAAUAUUUGUAUCUCCCUUACUCUCUUUAUGUUAAACCUCUCAAUGCUGUGCUGAGGUUGACGCUAAGCUGUUUUUACUUCUAAGUCCUUUCAUCAUGGCCACAUGCUAAUGUGACCCCUGUCCUGUAGCAUGUGAUUCAUGCUCUUUGUUCCUAAAUAUGCUGUAGUACUAUCAGUUGUGGGGUUCUAAAUUUUUUUCAACUUGCCAUUACUCAGAAGUCCAGUAUGAGUAACUGAUGCAUUUCUAUCGUUCCAAUAGAGUCAGUAAGCCUUUUUAUCUGUAAACCUGACAACUAUUAUUCUAUAACUUCUCUUAAAUCACUUUGCAAGGUAACCAAUAUUUUGGACUAGAGAGCGUGUCUCAUCAAGAUAGCAUUACUUGUCUUUGAGACAGUGAUUUUUAUUGGUUAACUUCUUGAAAUUAUCAGCUAGUUUAAUUCAUGUAUUAUAGAGCAUCAGUAUGGUGCGUAUUACUAUUUUUUAUUUGAAUACCAUGUGGGAGUAAGGCAAAUGCAUUACAGAUUUGGAAGCUUAACAAGAUAACUUUAAUAUUCAAGACUUAUUUUCUACAUCGUCAAAUUCACUAAUGCUAAUGCUACAACCAUCUCUUUUGGAUAAUGAUUAGGUCUACUGUCUCUCUUUUAUGAGAGCAGAGAGGAGUUUGCAUCUUUAUUAACCAACUACUUAACCUGAUUAAUCAUCAAACACUGAUGUAAUAUAUUUUUUCCUCAUCUGUCUUGAGCUUACUAUUACCUUCUUACUUGUUCUUAUAUAAUUACUGUGGACUGUUCUUAGUAAUGAAGACUAUAGAUUGAUACGUGAUCUUUUCCCUUUAUUUUCUUCUGUAUUUUCUAGGGGGAAUUUUGAUCCAUUAUCUGUGAAUGUUCCUCAUCACUAAUACAUGCAGUGGUAUGUAAGGUGAAAGUUGGUUUGGUAGUAUGUGAAGUCUUCCAGUGCCUCACAGUAAAGAUAUUUAAAUGAUGUAUUCAGUGUUUUCUUCAAUAAUAAGUAGGAAUUAACAAAGUGAGAAUUCCAUCAUGUAUGUAUAAUCCUGUUUGAUUCUUGGCUGUCAUUCAAGUAGCAUUAAAAAGCUGUAACAGAA